UCCAGCUCGAGGAAAACUUUUCAUUUUAACUCCUGAGACCCCUUGGAGAAGGCCGGUGGACCUUGGCACCCCCACACCCACUCCAGGAGAAUUUAGGAGGGGGGAGGGAAUCUGUCGGGAGGCUCCUAGGGGCCCAACUUCCUAGGAAGUCUUCCACAAGGGGCGGAGCCUUGCCCCCUCCCUACUUUUGAUCCCGGCCUUUGGUAAAUAUUGGUGCUUCCCCCGAAGCUGAGGGUGUACAGGGUCUAGUCUAGAUUUGGUCAUGUGCCCCUCCCCCGAAUAAGAAAAGGAUUUGGUAAAGUUGUCCCUGAUCCCAAGGUGAUGAGCCUCUCCCCCACCUCUUCUCUCUCUCUUCCUCUCCCAGGCUGUACCACCUUCCGUCUACUUCAUCCUGGUUCCUGAAAGAGAAACCCCACCCCCACUGAGAAGCCCUCCCCCUCCCUGUACCACCUACCAGCCCCCUCUUCCCCAUCUAUCCUCCUCACCUGGUGCCCUGGCACCGCCUCAGGGAGGGUGAAGGACGGCACCCAGGGUCAGAAUGAUGCCAUCCCGGGAGGCUGCUGCUGGUAUCCUUCCCCAGAUCCCAGGCCCUGGCAAGAGGGAAAGUGACCCCCAGCGGGCCACAGAAGGCCAAGAGUGGCGGAGCUUGUAAGGAAGCCUGGUGGCCGCUGGCAGCUCGGGCAGCUCUAGUCUCCUGACUUCAGGUGUGGGGGGCCCUUACCUGAAGUGUUGGCAGCAGAUCCUAUGCCCCCCACCCUGGCAGUGCUAUGAGCCAGUUUCAGAUGCCAGUGCCAGUGCCCGUCCAGCAGGAGCCACCUGGCCUUCCCAACUUCCCUCAGGGCAAGGUGAUGCCGGGGAGCUUCAGAGGGGCUGGGCUCCCCACCGGGGUGGCAGGGAGCACAGAGCAGCAGCCUGGGGGGUGUGGAGAUGGCCGGAAAAAGCGCAAGCGCUGUGGGAUGUGUGAGCCCUGUCGGAGACUGGAGAAUUGUGGGGCAUGUACCAGUUGCACCAACCGGAGGACACACCAGAUCUGCAAACUCCGCAAGUGUGAGCUCCUGAAGAAGAAAGCAAACCUGCUCAAGGAGGUGGAGAUAAAGCCCGGGGACGGGGCCGCCGCUGAGCCUUGGGGACAAGCCACCGCCGUGCCAGUCAAGACAGGCUUGGAGGCAAGCCCAGUUGAUGGACCCGUCCCAGGCCGGAUGGACCCAGGGCCAGUGUACCAUGGGGAGGAACGGCGGCUGAACACUCCUAGGGCCCCGGUCAAUGGGGCCGGAGAACCGGCUGGGCCGGGACUACUUGGAGUUGGAGGAGUGUGGCAGGUCGACCAGAAGCCUGAUUGGGAACCUUCACCCAGCCCUGCUCAUGCUGCCCACCCAGAAGAUGCCCAUGACCUCGUGGCCUUCUCAGCAGUGGCUGAAGCUGUUUCCUCCUAUGGGGCCCUCAGCACUCGCCUCUAUGAGACCUUCAAUCGGGAGAUGAGCAGGGACGGUGGUGGCGAUCUCAGUGGCCCUCAACCUGGCCCUGAGAGCUAUUCUGCAGGGGGAGAGGACCUGGAUACCCUUCAGACAGCCCUGGCACUGGCCCGCCAUGGUAUGAAGCCACCCAACUGCAACUGUGACGGGCCCGAGUGUCCUGACUACCUCGAGUGGCUGGAGGGAAAAAUCAAAUCUGUAGCUGUAGGGGGAGGGGAGGACCGGCCUCGGCCACCAGAGUCUUUGCCUCCAAGUGAAGUGGGACUCCCCACACCAGGUCCCCUCCAUCCUGGUGAUGUGGGCCUCCCUGCACCAGGGCCCCUCCAUCCUGGUGAUGUGGGCCUCCCUGCACCAGGGCCCCUCCAUCCUGGUGAUGUGGGCCUCCCUGCUCCUGGGCCCCUCCAUCCUGGUGAUGUGGGCCUCCCUGCACCUGGGCCCCUCCAUCCUGGUGAAGUGGGCCUCCCUGCACCUGGGCCCCUCCAUCCUGGUGAAGUGGGCCUCCCUGUUCCUGGACCCCUCCAUCCUGGUGAAGUGGGCCUCCCUGCUCCUGGGCCCCUCCAUCCUGGCGAAGUGGGCCUCCCUGCUCCUGGGCCCCUCCAUCCUGGUGAAGUGGGCCUCCCUGCUCCUGGGCCCCUCCAUCCUGGUGAAGUGGGCCUCCCAGCCCUGGGCCCUGGGCCCCUUCUCAGCCCUGAUGCUCCCCAGCUGCACUCACCCAAUGGUCUGCCACUUUCAGAGAGUGCCCUAAACAUCGCCAAGGAGAAAAACAUCAGCCUGCAGACAGCCAUUGCCAUAGAAGCCCUCACCCAGCUCUCCUCCACCCUGCCCCAGCCAUCCCCCUGCCCACAGUCCAAGGCCUUAUCCCCCAAUCCUCCUUUUCGACCUCCUCAGUCUUACCUUCGGACCUCCCCGUGGCCUGUGGGACCAGCUGAAGAGCCUCAGUCCUGUGCUCCUGAGAGUUCAGCCUUCCCUCCAGUGGCCCCCCGCACUGAGUUUCCUGAGGUCUGGGGCCCAGACACACCACCUGUGACACCUUGCACCUCCUGGCCAGUCCCCCGCACUGGCCCUGACCCCAUGGCCGAGCUGGAACAACUUCUGGGCAGCUCCAGUGACUACAUCCCGUCGUCUUUCAAACGGCCCGAAGUCCUGCCUACCAAGCCCAAGAUCAAGGUUGAGCCCCGCUCCCCCCCUGCCCCUGCUCCCAGUCCCCGGAAGGAGGCACCCACUCCACCCUCGGAUCCUGACACCCACCGAAAGGUCCAGUCAACUCUCCAACAGCACCUGCAUCACAAGCGCAGCCUAUUCCUUGAGCAGAACCAGGGCAGUGCCUGCCCCAGGGCCUCCUCGGUGCCCCCCGCCCGGGGCUGGUGGGCCCCUCCAAUUCCCAGGACCCCACGGCCCUCUGACAAACCUGUCAAGGAAAAGAAGAAGAAACAGCUACCCGCAGUCGGUGGCCUGGUGGGUGGUGAGAAACGGGCCCUAGGGCUCAAGACAGUCACCCGGAAGAUAGUUCAAAUUAAGAAGCCCAAGGUACGGGACUCCCACCCUCGCUUCAUGCCUCUGCGCCAGAUCAACCUGGAAGUGUUGAGGAGCCCUGCUCCUGGAGACCCAAAGGCAGGUGCCACUCCUCCGCUGCCUCCCUGCAGGGGCACCUCCAUGCCCGCAGUCCCAGCCCCUUCCCAUGCAUUAUUUGCACCAGGUCCCUCUGGGGGUAGCCUUCUGCCCCCUACUCAGGAAAUGGCUUGUCCCAGCCUUGCCGCCGCCCUGCAGUCCAGCCCCGCUGUGCCCCUGGUCCCCCCUGACGACAAGCUGGAGGAGCUCUUUCAGCAGUUUGAAGCAGAGUUUGGGGACAACUUUGGCCUGGCAGCUGCCCCCCCAGCCCCUGCCUGCUCCCCCGAGCACCUGGCAUCCUGUGUCUUGCGCCCUGAGAGCCCCUUCUCUGGGCGCUCCCGAAAACAGAUGAAGAUUGAGGCAUCAGGUUCUGUGGCUGUGAUUUCUACCACCUGCCUGGAGGCAGAAGAAGAGGGCCUAGAGAUGCCCACCAAGCAGGAGCACACGGCCACUCCCAACCUCCGGGGCUUCCUGGAGUCUCCACUCAAGUACCUGGACACCCCCACCAAGAACCUGCUAGACACACCCUCCAAGAGAGCCCAGGCCGAGUUCCCCGUCUGUGAGUGCGUUGAGCAAAUAGUGGAGAAAGAUGAAGGCCCAUAUUACACCCACCUGGGGGCUGGGCCCUCUGUGGCAGCCAUCCGAGAGCUGAUGGAGGACCGCUAUGGAGAGAAGGGGAAAGCAAUACGAAUUGAAAAGGUUGUUUACACCGGCAAGGAAGGGAAGAGCUCUCGGGGUUGUCCCAUCGCCAAGUGGGUAUACAGACGAUACACUGAGGAAGAGAAGCUGCUUUGCUUGGUUCGUCAUCGCUCAGGGCACCGCUGUGAACAGGCCGUCAUCAUCAUUCUCAUCAUGGUCUGGGAGGGUAUUGGCCCAGAACUGGGGGACACGCUGUACCGGGAGCUGACCGAGACACUUCGCUAUUACGGGAAUCCCACCACACGGAGAUGUGGCCUCAAUGAUGACCGAACCUGCGCAUGCCAGGGGAAAGACCCGUCCACCUGUGGUGCCUCUUUCUCCUUUGGGUGCUCUUGGAGCAUGUACUUCAAUGGCUGCAAAUAUGCCCGGAGCAAAUACCCUCGGAAGUUCCGCCUCACCGGGGACAAUCCUGAAGAGGAGGAAAAUCUUCGCAAACACUUUCAGAACCUGGCCACUCAAGUUGCCCCCCUGUACAAGAAGCUGGCUCCCCAGGCCUAUCAAAAUCAGGUGAACAAUGAAGAAGAAGCAAUAGACUGUCGCUUGGGAUUAAAGCCAGGCCGGCCUUUCUCCGGGGUCACUGCCUGCAUGGACUUCUGUGCUCAUGCCCACAAGGAUCAACACAACCUCUAUAAUGGCUGUACUGUGGUGUGCACACUGACCAAGGAGGACAAUCGCUGUGUGGGCCAGAUCCCGGAGGAUGAGCAGCUGCACGUCCUUCCACUCUACAAGAUCGCCAACACGGACGAAUUCGGCAGUGAGGAGAACCAGAGGGCGAAGAUGGCCAGCGGGGCCAUCCAGGUGCUAACUGCCUUCCCCCGAGAGGUCCGCCGGCUCCCUGAGCCCGCCAAGUCCUGUCGCCAGCGACAGUUGGAGGCUCGGAAGGCGGCGGCCGAAAAGAAGAAACUCCAGAAGGAGAAGCUGCUCACUCCAGAGAAGAUCAAACAAGAGGCGCUGGAUAUCCCAGAGCUGCUCCAGCCUGAUACAGGUCUCUCUCUAAAGAACGGCCUGUCCCAGCAAGCUCUGAAGCCUUCCAUCAAGGUGGAGCCCCCAAGUCACUACAAUUCCUUCAAGUACAAUGGCAACUCAGUGGUGGAAAGCUACUCGGUGCUGGGCAGUUGCCGGCCCUCAGACCCGUACAGCGUGAACAGCGUGUACUCUUGCCAUUCCUACUAUGCACAACCCAACCUCAGUGCUAUCAACGGGUUCCACUCCAAGUUUGCUCUUCCAUCCUUCGGCUAUUACGGCUUCUCCCCCGGGAGCUCUGUCUUCCCCUCACAGUUCCUCAACUACGGUGCCAACGGCCGAGGUCCCAGCAGCUGGGGAGGCCCCAUUGGGGUUUUCGAUAAAAAGCCAGAUCUCCAGGCCUUGCAGAGCAGCCUCACCCAGGCAUAUGGUGGCCCCGAAUUUGCUGAGCUGCCGGGCCAGGCUGUCAGCAGUGACGGCCACCGUACGCCUCACCACCAGCCUGCCUAUCCGGGCCCCAAGGAGUACCUGCUUCCCAAGGGCCACCGGACUCGCCCCACAGCAACAGACCCUCCCCCCUUUGCACAGAGUGGCCCCUGCUUUGGUCAAGUCAUCAAGCAGGAACCGUGUGACCGCUUGCCCCAAGCUGAACCCCUCCCUGGGGUCCCCGGGCACAUGGGCAAGCCCCCUAUCCCUGAGGCCUCCCAGAAUGGGACCAAGGAGCACCUGUGGGGGGGUGCCCACCCAGGCAGCCAGAGUGCUUCUCCAAAGAGGACUAAUGGUGUGAGUGGGGCCUGGGGCAUGUUCGCUCCCGGAGAAAGUUCUGUCCUCCCUGAUAAGCUGGGGUCUUUUGGUGCUAGCUGUCUGCCAGCCUCCCGUCUCUCAGAUGGCCAAUGGGGCCUCUUUCCCUCAGAAGGGGGGCAGGCACCCCAGCAGCCCCCUCUGGGGCCUCCCAAUGGAGCCGGCCUGCUGAGCAAGGCUUGGAGCCCCUGCAAGUUUCGUGAUAGUCCUUCCACCUUCAGUGGGCCUAGCCUGGCAGAGAAGCCAUGGGCUGUGGGGCCAGACUUCAGCCCUGCUCUCAAAGGAGCUCCGAGCUACCCAGAAAAGCUCUGGGGGCCUGUGAAAGGGGAUGAGGGGAGGACUCCAACCCCUGGGGGGCCAGGCCUGCCUGAGAAAGCCUGGUCCUCUUUUGGCAUGUCCCUAGGCUCUGCGACCCUGAAGCCUGAGGAAAAGCUGUGGGACUCCUUGAACCUAGCGGGGGUGCCUGCAGAGGGGCCCUCAGACAAGGGAGCGGUGAAGGAAGAGGAGGUAGGUGGCAUCGGUGGUGGGGGUGGCAACGUCGGCAAUGUGGAGGAGGAAGAUGAAGAAUUAUGGUCUGACAGCGAACACAAUUUCCUUGAUGAAAACAUCGGCGGCGUGGCCGUGGCACCCACCCAUGGGUCCAUCCUGAUUGAGUGUGCCCGGCGUGAACUGCACGCCACCACUCCCCUGAAGAAGCCCAACCGAUACCACCCUACCCGCAUCUCGCUGGUGUUCUACCAGCACAAGAAUCUCAACCAGCCCAACCACGGUCUGGCACUCUGGGAGGCAAAGAUGAAACAGCUGGCAGAGAGGGCCCGUGCCAGGGAGGAAGCAGCACGGCUGGGCCUGAGCCACCCGGAGGUCAAGCCCUAUGGGAAGAAGCGCAAGUGGGGGGGGGCGGCAGCCCCAGAGCCCCAGCCCGAGGAGAAGAAGGACCCCAUCCCCACCCGCCACGUGGCCGCCAUCACCACCGACUCGGUUGUCACCGUCUCCUCCUAUGCCUACACGAAGGUGACGGGCCCCUACAGCCGCUGGAUCUAAAGCAUGGGAAGCCAUCUUACCUCAGCGUCUGUGGCACCAAAGCCCAGGGCCAACGUUGUGGUGCUUUUCCCUCACCGCCUGGGCUGGAGAGCCAGGCUGGGCAGAAAGACUUCUAUAUGUAUAUGUAGCUACCACACCCACAUAUAUGUAUGACGAAUUCUGCUCCAGUGCAAACCUCCCCAGAGCCCCCCCCUUCUCGCCUCUCCUUCCCUGGCACUUUGAGGAAGAGACUGUGGCUGCUGGAUGUUUUUCAGUAAUCUUAGUAUUUAUAUCUCCACGUUGGGUUUUUCCCUUGGUCGGGGACUUUGGUUUUAUUUUUAAGAAUCUGUCCUUGUAUAUGACAAGAAUGGAAGAGAGUUUAUAGCAUCCUUUCACAAAGGAAUGGUUUUUAAUUGCCAUUUAAAAUGUGUAUUUAUUGGAUUUUUUUUUUUAAAAGAACAAUGAUGACAAUAACCUAGCCGGCAAGAAAAGCCAGAAUUCCAGACAGCUUCUGUUCCUGUCAGGAGGUCUUUGCUGGGAGUGGAUCGCUCACACCACCCGCUCCCACAACCACACCUGGACCCCUCCAGAGCUGACUGACCACUUGUCCACGUCUCUCAAACCAAGUGCAGAUGAUCGAGCACCUCUUCCUUUCCUUGUGGCAGAUACACACUUCUUAUCACUUUGUGGGAAGCUAGCCCAUCCAGACCGCCCUAGGUGCUCUUGGGCAGGACGAGGUAUCCCAUCGGGGUGUGGUUGGAAAAUCUGCCAGGGUCCCUCCAGGGAGUUGUCCAUCCCCUGCCCUCAGCUUGGCAGCCAACGCGCCAUACACCUGAGCCACCUGAGAGAUGCUGGGGUCGGCUUCUUCAGAAACCAGGCUGGAAGUAGACACGUUUCAGGCCUGCUAGUCUCCACACUGAAUAUUCUUUGUCCGUUAUUUAGCAAGUCCCGUUUUGUCCUUGGUCACCAGGUAGCACUCGAUGGAGUUGUGGUUGCAGUGGAGAAAGGAGGCUUCCUUAAACAGCCACUUCAGCUGCAGUGUGCAGCCACUCGACGUGAUACUUGGGGACUGCAGGAAUCCGUCUAAAUCUUAACAGCAGUUUUUAAAAAUCCAACCAAUAAGAACCCCCUCCCCUCAUGAUCUAUGCUAAUAUGGAAAAAGGGCUACUGUAUCUUUAAGAAAAAAAAGGCAAACACAAACUGUGAAUAGUUGCUCUGUGUAUAUCACUGUUGCAAAGUCUGGUGCUGUCUAGGAUUUUGCUUUUGACUCUCCCAGUGUGAGAGAGCUGGGCAAACCGGGAUAACAAAAAAGCAACUUGGAGAUCCUCAUUUCUUGGAUUUUUACAUUGGAUCAUGGUGCAAGCGGCAUCCUUGAACCACCUGCCCUGCUCUGGCUCCAGGGCCUGGGAGGUGGAAAAGGGUCAUUCCUUACAGAUGCAAAUUCAACUGGUUGCUACUUUGAGGUUUCUUUUCCAGCUGGUGCCAUCUCCCUCUGAAGACAGUCUUCCCCCUCCACCCCUUCCUUUUCCUCACUCCCUCCUCUUCCUUUAUUUCCCCUCUCCCUCUCCAAAACAAAAGAAGAAAAAAUAUCCUUCAGUUUUCCCCUUUAAAACUGGUGCAUUCAAACAGCUCAUUGAAACCAGAGAAGUUUCAAUUGUUCAUUUGAAACAAUAGGUGCUUACUUUUUUUGCAACUUUGUUCUGAGAGCCUGUAAAAAGUGGUUGGGACCCACAGGUCAACAAGCUAUUGAUCUGUAACAAAGCAGACUCCUGGGGGAGGGGGUGUGAAUUUCUGUGGUAUUAGCUAAACUUGCCUGGCGAUAGCUAGCUCCCCCUCCCGGCCCCUCAUUCAGGCAGGCCCAGGUGGGCGGGGCAGGAGGUGCCUCCCACCUGGCUGCCACCGCUGCCUCCAUACAUCAGCCCCCCCCUGUGGACCUGGCCCUCCCCACGGGUGAGCCAAAACUGAGCCCUGAGAGAAUUCAGUCAAGUGGCUGCAGCUGGCAGUGGGUGACAGUGUUCCCAAUCCGAACAAAACCAGAUGGAUGCGACAGUCCAAUUCCCGCACUUCUAGGUGCCUUUCCCGGAGAGCUGAGAACUGAAUCCAAUCCUUUGUUUACUGAAAUGUUCCUGGCGCACUGGCAGAGAACCUCUGUGAGACGUUCGGAGGGAGCAUUGGCGUGGUCUGAUUUUAACUGUAAAUAGUGAAAGAUUUUUUUAAAGCACUUUCACCUAGAUUUAAAUAGCAACUUGAAAAAAAAAAAGCAGUAUGUUUUAACAGAUGAUAAUGGGAGACCUGUAAAUAGUAGCUGUGUAUUUAACGUGCUUUUUGUCCACCUUUUUUUUUUUUUAAAGAAACCAUAAUCCGUAACAAUUCUUUUUACAGGAUAAGAAUGAGUGCUUUUGAAAUCAAUACCCAAGAGCCUAUCAGGAUUGAGGAUGGUUCCAGACUCUGAUUCAUAGGAAUUCCUGGGCACUUUUCCGUGCCGCGUGACAAAAGCCUUUAAAGGAUUGGCCUACGCUGAGCAUGCUAAUUUUCUAAUUUUGAGGAACAAGUUGGGGGCUGAGCAGUCCUUUGGAUGCUAUCUUGCUUUGUUGCAUCAGUCCUCUCUUAUGCAGGUCUCAUUCAACUCUGGACUUAGGUAGACAGACGCAGGGGUGCCUUGAAAACUUCAUUUUAAAAUCUCUCUGAGAGCGAGUUGACUAUUUUUAAGGAACACUUUGAGAAUGUGACCUUCUGUUUGACCUUUAAACAUCCCAGGUGGGUGGGGUGGCUGGUGGGGUUUGGAAGGUGUUUCCAGGAUGACCCAGGGGAUUCCCAUAAAUGGCAUAUGUGACUUACUCUUCCUAAUGUUGCUUCUCCUUUGGUCUCACUGAUUGUGGUGGCAAAAUCACAAAGGGAAUGGUGUCAGAAAGGAGAAGUGAAAUCCAGCUAACUGCAUGUGUCUUUUCUAUCCCAGCCCCCCCACCCCCUCCCCAGCCCAAACAACUUUUGCUUUCUUAACUUUUAGACUAGAACACAGGCUGUUCGGGAAAGAGAAAAAGGGGCAGCCUCCGUUGGGUGGCUCCAUCCCAGAUAAAACGGUGUUUUGAUGGAAACGAUAAUACUUUUGCAAUGUUCAGAACCGUGCUGUUUUUUACACACUACAUAUAUAACCUACCUCAAAUCUCAGUCAUUAAAAAUUAGCAUGCUUUAGACUUAUAUUAAAAAGAAAAAAAACUAUGCACAGCUAUUUAUCCCACCCUUGCUGCUGAAGGUUUCUUAAAAGAGAAAAAAAAUCAAUUUUUUUUUUAUUUUUUACUGGCGCCAUCAUUUUUGUAAGCUCUGAAGAUGAUUAACAGACAUCUUGAUCAUGAGAAAGAAAAAUGAAAGCCAUUGCAUCUAAAGAACCUUAACAGCAUGACCCAGUUUUGCUCAAAAUUCACCUAAUAUCAUGACACGAGAUUCAUGGCAUUUUUAUCCUUGGAUCUUUACCCUUUGUUUUGUCUCCAAAUGCUGUCUAUACUCAAUGCAGAGUUGAGGUUCGACUGUCAAAGGAAGGACUUGCCCAAAACUGGGCUACAGGUUUGGGGUGGGGGGUGAUGUGGAGAGGGAUCACUGUUUGCAGCAGGUUAUCAUAUAAUUGGUGCUAGAGCCUUGAACCACUGUCUGACCAUUGGACAUUGAAAUAAGCUGUUUCAUGGGGUUUGUUUUUCAUUGUCUUUUUUUUCUUUCUGCAGAACCCAAGGUUCCUAGAUUCUAGUUUCCCCUCUACUGCUUUGCCUUCUUCCUGAGACCACAGUGGUGGGGAUGAACAGAAAUGUUUCCCCACUCUCAAAUGGGCCCUCUUUGUGGCCAUUUCUAUUUGUUAUGGGAUCUGAGGGUCCCAGAACUGGAAAAUCCCCCCCUCCCCCCCCCCCCCCGGACCAAAUCUUAAUUGCACUGCAUGUGUUAUACCAAGCAGAGGAGGUGUGUGCAGAGAUCAGAGGAGGGUAAACAGUUCACUGAGAGAAAUUCAUCCAGCAAGAUUUUCUUUUUCAAGUUUGUCACCACCACCUUAUCCCCAAACUAAGGCAUUGCAGAAGGAAAACUAAAUACACACACGUAUACACACAUACAGAUACACAUACAUAUAUACAUACAUACAUACAUACAUGCAUACAUACAUACAUAUCCCUGAUGUGCCUCAACCAAUAUCUCUUCCCUUUUAUUACUGAAGUAUGCUCUAUGGACUAGGAAGCAUAUUUUUAUGAAUUGAAAUAUUCUAAAUAAAAUGGUGCUAUGGUGUUUUAACAUAAUUGUCUCCCUAUCCGGUUUUGCUGAGGUGCUAUGUAACCUGUAUCAAACCACAUACCAAACAAAAACGAGGGGGGCCUCCCUGCCCGUUGGCUUUCUUUUCCUUGUGGUGCUAUCUCCCGGGACCUCCACUUUGGCAAUGAAUCUGGACUGAAUAGUUCCAAAUUGCUGUUUCCCUCCCUUCAGUGUGAAGUGGGAGCCAAACUCUGCCCUCAUUUCCCUUGCUGUUGAUGGAAACAUACAUAGUGCAGGAAGGGCUGGUCAACCUGGAGUCUCAUAUUCAGUCUCUGGGUUCUAAACCAGUCAUCCCACAGGCUAGUUACAAGAGAAGGUAGAAAGUUCUAACUUGAGCUCUGCAGUCAUUUUUUGCCCCCUUCUCUUCAACUGGCAACCCUCCCACUUGCAAAGGUAAAUUUCUCAGGGAGGCCUGGCAGGAAAAUUUCCUUGAGGAAACCAAAUGGAACACCUACCCUUCCAGGAGCUCAGUUCACAGUUGAAAGGCAGGAAGAAAUAUUGAAUCGCUCUUCCCACCCUUCCUCCCACACCACACUCCCGCUCCUUUGGGCCCAUUGUUGCUUCUUCUACCUAAAAAUAACAUUUUACAUUGAAGUAGGUGCCUACCCUUGACUGGGCUCAGUGGUCUACUUUGGCUAAUCAUGGUGUUUCUUUUGGGUCAGCAUUUAGGAAGAGAGAGGAUGGCGGUUCCGGCUGCUUUUCAACUCCUUUGUCAUAUGUUGGUGCUACUUUGAUUUUCUCUUGGGUUCUAGGGAGUUGACAUUUUGAAACCGACCUGAAAGCUAAGCUUUGCAUUGGCACUGCUAUCGUCAUGAUGCCUAAGAAACAUACCUCAAAAGCUAGACUAUUGUGACGAUGGAGGUGGCUAGGAUCUGCAAGGAGUGUCUCCAGACUAGGAAAUGCAUUUUGUUCAUUUGACACUGUACUCAUUGGGGAGAGUGUGGGAGGGGCCUUUUCUGCAUUAUUCUUAGGCAGUGAAUUUUCAAACACCUAAUUGGGAGCAGGAGUCCUCUUAUUUUCUCCUAACAAUUUCCUCAUGCCUCCCAAACUUCCAAUGAGCUUUCUUGACUGGUCAAUUUCAGACCUUUGGAAGGGAAUCUUGAGACCAGUUUCACUCAGCUGGAAUCAGCCACUUGAGCAUCAUUCUGUGGCCCCCCUCAACCCCCCCCCCCGAAAAGGACAAGGUUUUGGGAGGAAACCAAUCACUGCACAAAUUGAAAAAGGGAAUGGAUUUUCGAUUUGAAGGUGGGGAGUAAAGAGGGGGUUAGUUAUGUGGUAACAAAGAUGAAGAAAGCUCCAAACCCCCAGAUUUUAGGUUCCUUUUUCUUUCCACCCCCAGCCAAGAGUUUCUACUGGUAGAAGGAGGAACAGUGAAGUCCAAACAAUGGGCAUAUCUUUCCUCUUAAAGUAAAGAUUGUCUAACAGAAACCCCAGGUUUUCCAUUUCCCUUUGCCUAAGAAUCUGGGAACAAUUUGGCCCACUUUCUCAUUUCUCUUCUAAUAUCAGGGAUACUUUUAAAUAGUGGUUUUAAUUUUUUUUUUUGGCCAUUUUUUUUCUCAUUCUAGCAUCAUUCAGGGAUAACUCACCAUUCUUCACAUGGAAAUCUAAAUAUAAAAGGAAAGGAAAGAAAUACUAUUUUGUUGGUUUCUGCUUUCAACCUUUUUUUUUUUUUGCGUGUCUUCUUGAAUGCCUCUAUUUUUAUUCCCUUUGGGGGGGAUGAGAGGUGCUAAUGCCAUUUCUUUUUCAUAACUUCAAAUAAAAAUAUGAGACCAGGUUGGACUGUGGCAGGUUGAUGCGGUAGAGUAAUCUUAAGCUGUAGCUUAUUGGUGAAUUUCAUUUUCUCUCUCUUUGAAUUCCUGUUUGGUUACCUGGCUUCCAAUGGAGGUGAACUUCCCAACCAUACUUGAAGAUUCCGUCUAGACUCUGUGACCGUGGUUACUUGAAAUGAAGUUUAUCUGGGGUUGGUUGAUGAAUGGUAGAGUUUGCAAUGUCUCAAGGCAAUAGGAUGUGUAUUAUUAAACUGUAGAUAUUAUUAGUACAGUAAAUUUAUGCUGAUAAUUUUAUUUUGUAUAAUUUUUACCUUUUUUGGUUAAUAUUUUUCCUUCCCUCCCCCCCCCCUUUUUGGUUUAUCUCCUACCUGACCUUGUUCUCUCCUACCUCCCCUUCCAUAAAAGCCUUCUCCUGUCCUCCCCAUCCCCCUCAGUGUUUCAGUAAAUUUAUUUUUCAGGUGCCUAAAUAUUGCAAGUAUGAAUCCUUUUUUUUUGAUUUGUAUUUUAUUAUGAUUUACACAAACAGCUGGUUUGUGAACUGUAUUACUCCUGAUAUCUUUAAAAUAUUG